CCCCAAAAUUAACUUUGUAUCUCAGCAUUCCUUCCUUGCCCCAAAAACCAUUUCUCUUCACCCUCCAAAUUCCUAAAUUUCACUAAUUAAAAAUGGUUUCAGAUAAAAUUGAGCCAAUAACUUUAGCUAUCACUAGUAAACUAAAAGCCCUUUCAAAAUCUACUCAAGAUUUUACUAAUAACAUCCUUGACAACUUAUCACUCUCCAAGCGUCGCCACCCGAUUCAAAUCUUGAAGAGGUUGCAACGAGAGGCAUUUUCUGAUAUCAUGAAACUCAGGGACAGACAGGACAAAGUGGAGCGGUUACUUUCCUUCAAGUCAUCUAAAGUAAGUCCAUUUCAAGAAGCCAGCACCUCUGUAAGAGGAGAGGUAGAAUUAUUGGGGAUGCUGUUAAUGAUCGAUAGAAUUCAUGAAGAUAAUCAAGAUGCCAUUCGUCGAACCGGAAUCAAAACUGGUAUAAAUUCCCGGUUCACUUUCCAAACUACCAUUCAGGAAGAUGAUUCUCUUACAGCAGAGUUUGUAGCAAGUGACAAAGGGCAACUUGAUGCUUUAUCUAGUCCACUUUCACUAGCUAAAGUGCUUUAUGCUACAAAUAUUAAUGACCGGUGCGCGUUAACUGCUGCUCCAUUGGGAGCUAAAUGCAACGAUGUUGGCCUUACGGGUCCCUUAGUUGGUGGACCUCCAAUACUUAACCAACACAUUGGUAGUGGAAUUAACUUAACGGUGAAAAGAUCUAAUGUUAUUGUUUCAUUGGCUCAGUUUGUAUCUUUUAUGGGAACUCAAAUUGAUAAUUCACGGGCGACUCAUUGUUUAAGCACUUUCGGUCAAGUUGCAUGCCAACUAUCAGGAAGUACUAAACUCUUGCUUUUGGGUCUGCACAAAAUACCCAAAAUUUCAAGUGAUAUAUCUCUUGGUCCAAUAGCUUUACCAAUUGGUAUGUUUAGAUACCGUAAAAGUGAUGUGGACGCACUUGAUGGUUCGUUUGGGUCUACUGCUUUGGUUCUUGAGUCGAAUCUUGAUGCAAGCACAAGAGUAGGAGGGUGGAUUGAGAUGAACAACUCUGGCGCUAGAAAUCUACAUUGGGGUGUGUCGAUAUCUGAUCUUCCUGAAGAUGAUUUUGGGUGGGGGUUGAGGUUGGGUGGGUCGAAAAAUUGGGAUCAUUAUGAAGUUGAAGCAUUUUCAAAGAUAAUGUUUGGGGAUAAGUUUUCGGUACACCCUUCACUUGUGUAUGUGAUAGAUGGUUCAACUCAAUUUCCAGCAUUAACUGUGAAGUCUAGUUGGUCUUUUUAAUUGCAUAAAUGUAACUCCCAUCUUUUUUUAGGAGAGUUUUUAGAAACUUUGGCUCAUAUUCUUCCAACAUGAUCAACAUAUGCUAUGUAGACGAAUUUAUAGCUAAUAUUCAAGAAAAGUUUAACCA